CUACCGGCACGGCGGCUGGACACGCAACAGAUCCUCUCAAUUUGCCCACUUUGUAUUUUUCCCCGUCUCAAACUCCUACCUUAAACCGUGUCCCCGUUGAGCAUGAACCUCAGCCUUCCUGACCAGAACAUGCACAACGCACUCCAGGGCUGUCCGGACGACGACAAACCCGAGCUCAUGUUACCGUGCUUCCGAAGAAACGCGUACGACGAGCCCCUGGCCUCGUACUCCAACGGCCCCAUCAUCUCCCAGCUUCUACGGAAGUCUCUCCACAACAAAAGGGCGCUAGAUGAAAGCCACUAUUACCUCGGCCCCUCGGCUGUGUCCAGCUCCGCCGUGGUCGCCGACUCCAGCCAGGAAGACCGGAGCAGUGUCUCGUCCAAGGACAGCGCGGCUGACGUCGGCUCCCCCGGCUUCCACCCGUCCACGGUGGCCAGCCCGGAGGCGGAGCGUCCCGUGAACGACCACUUACAGGCCAAGAGAGCCCGGGUGGAGAACAUCAUACGGGUGAUGGCCGGCUCGCCUAACAGCCGGCUCCACGGAGAGCCUGAGAAGGGCGAGAUGGAUGCCAGAGACAGUAGAGAGUGUAGGGAGGCGAGGGAGGUGUACCGAGAGAACAAGAGGAAGCAGAGGUUGCCUCAGCAUCAAGACCACAACCCCAGCGACGAGGGCAUAGAAAACAGAAGACUCAGCACAGGCGGGGGCAGCGGCAGCAGCCUGGAUAACACCAAAGACGAGGAGUGCCACAAGUUGAAAGAGCAGCUGCAGAGCAUGCAGAAGCUCCUGCGCCAGCUCCAGGAGAAGUUCCUCCAGGUCUACAACCAAGAGGAUUCCCACCGAGGGGAACGUGAGGACAGAGGGGGAUGUUUGGAGCAUGACAACUUGAUACAGAGCAAAGAGCUCAGCUAUCUAACCAACGGCAAUACCUUUGAGAAGAAGCCAGCCCGGGGGAGCCCAGAGAGCAAGGACAGAACAAAGCCAGCAGAAGGUAAUCUGCUCAACCUGAGAGAAACCAAGAACCUCCAAGACACCCUGAAGGGGGAGCUCUCCAGGGUGGUGAACGAGUGUGUGGACAAGGUGUUCAAGAACGUCUCCUCCUCAGGGCUGGACCUCUCCCCGCUGAGGAGCAUGUGCCCAUCCCCAGACGUACAGACCAGCGGGGGUGCUGCCGAGAUAAGGAGCCAGCAGGGAGGCUGUCCCCCCCAGGAGCCGCCGCACCCCGUGGAGCCCCCAUCUCAUCAGAGAUCUCUGGAGGGCCAUGGAGACACUGACGCGCAAAGCCCACAGGACCAGACCGAGGCUCUGUCCCUGGUGGUCCGCAAGCCAGCCAUGGCUCCUCUCUGCUCAGUCACCCCAACCACAGUGAAGAGACCCUACCCCAUGCACCAACCGGCCUUUCAGUUCAACUACAGCUCCCCGCUCCACGACACCCAGAUCCUGGAGCACCUGCUCAAGUACGGGCCGCACACCAACUUCUCGGGUCUCUCCUGCCUGCCACCCUCACUGGAGAGGAGCUCCCCGGACUCAGGGGAGCUGCCCUGGGACACUCUGUCCAUGAGGUCCAAGGUAGGCCCCGGCCACCUGGGCCACCACCCCCGGCCCAGCUCCCUGGGCUCGGUGACGGUGGACAACCUGUGCCUCCCUCACGUCAAGAUGGAGUGCGGUGAUCUGCAGGGCAUGGCCGAGAGGAACCCCUACCUGUCCCUCAACAUCCAGGAGGGUCUGAAUCCCAACCAUCUGAAGAAGGCCAAGCUGAUGUUCUUUUACACCCGCUAUCCCAGCUCCAACGUGCUGAAAACCUACUUCCCCGAUGUCAAGUUUAACCGCUGCAUCACCUCCCAGCUCAUCAAGUGGUUCAGUAACUUCCGGGAGUUCUACUACAUCCAGAUGGAGAAGUUUGCCAGGCAGGCCAUCGUGGACGGCGUCAACAAUGUGGACAACCUCUCCGUGAGCCGGGACUCUGAGCUGUUCCGGGCCCUCAACAUGCACUACAACAAGGCCAAUGACUUCCAGGUCCCGGACAAAUUCCUGGAAGUGGCGGAGAUUACCUUACACGAAUUCUACAACGCUAUUUCCACCGCCAAAGACUCCGACCCCUCCUGGAAAAAGGCCAUCUACAAGGUGAUCUGUAAGCUGGAUAGUGAUCUUCCAGAGGAGUUCAAGACCUCCUCGUGUCUAUAAAUUAGCCUUCAAAGAGCAGAAACUAAGUGGUUUUGCGAUAUUGGGGAGUUAAAUGCCCAUUUUCUGUAUUUUGUGCUUUUUGAGUUUAGUGGAUAUCGUUUUGUAAAUCUGUACAUAAUGCUUAUGCUCGUUAAGGUUAAUUAGCAAGGGAAUGGUAGACUGGUGGUUGUGUAUUCUGUGUGUAUCCUUCAGUUUGGGAUUUUUUUUUUCUUAUCUGCAACACAAUUAAAAGAAAUACCAUUUGUAAAUUUGGGAGUUGGGGAAAAAAUGUUAAAGACAGUUUAAUAAUGUGUUAUAUUAGUAGGCUUAGAGUAUCUCAUUUUUGGAUUUUGUGGAACAUGGAGAGAAAGUUGUGGAGUACUUGUCAGUAUUAGUUUUUGUAUUAUUUCCACAUGCAACUGUAAAUAUGCUGCUCAUGAUUGUUGUAUAUUUUUUUCAUGUACGCUGAUUAUGACGUGGUAGAUAUUAUCCGAUUAUCUUUGUGUAAAAAAAAAACUGCAGGUGACCCUCAAAGUUUAAUUAAGAAACACUAGAUAAAUCAUUUUCAUGUUUAUACUGACGUUGCCAU